AUGCCGCCAACGAUCUCCGUGUCCUCGACGACCACAAUGGAGAAACCCGACCAGAUCCCCAGCGUCAAGCCCACAGCCGAUGCCAUAGAGCCCCACACCGUCGUGGACGCCGACCUCGAGCGCGCAUCCCUCACCCAGGACGACAGAGAUGCCUCCCCCAUCACACCACCAUCCGCCCCCGGCACCGCAGCGUCCGACUUCCCUGACGGCGGGCGCGAGGCCUGGCUCGUCGUGCUGGGCUGCUGGUUCGCCCUGUUCUGCACCUUUGGCCUGAUCAACUGCGUCGGCGUCUUCCAGCAGUACUACGUGCAUGGUCCACUCGCGCAAUAUUCACCCUCGGCCGUGUCGUGGAUCAUGUCCACGCAGGUCUUCAUCAUGACGUUUUGCGGCGCCGUCUUUGGCCGGCUCUACGACUCGCAUGGACCCCGGUAUCUUCUCUGGGGCGGCACGCUCACCUACGUCUUCGGCCUCAUGAUGGUCUCCCUGUCGAGCGAAUACUACCAGUUCUUCCUGGCGCAGAGCAUUGUCGGCAGCAUGGGCUCUAGCGCCGUCUUCAACGCUUGUCUAUCGAGCACGACGACGUGGUUCUUCAAGAGGCGCGCCCUGGCCUUGGGCAUCGUCGUGUCAGGCUCGUCAGUCGGUGGUGUCGCCCUGCCCAUCAUGAUGCGACGGCUCAUUGACGAGAUUGGUUUCCCGUGGAUGAUGCGGACCAUGGCGUUUAUCUUUCUCACCCUCCUGCUCGUCGUCUGCGUGACGGUCAAGUCGCGUCUGCCGCCGCGUCCCAAGCCGUUCGUCCUCGCCGAGUAUCUCGAGGGUUUUCGACAGCCGACCAUGGUCCUGCUCGUCGCGGGCUUAUUCGCGCUAAACCUCGGCCUCUUCUUGCCCUUCACCUACGUGCUGCUGCAGGCCGAGGCGGCGGGCACCCCAGAGCGCAUCAUCCCCUAUCUCCUGUCGAUGCUCAACGCGGCCAGCAUCUUUGGGCGUAUCCUGCCCGGUCUGGUGGCCGACAUGUACGGGCGCUUCAACAUGACGCUGAUCAUCAGCCUUGUCAGCGCGGUCCUCUGCUUCGCCGUCUGGAUCCCCGCCGAUACCACGGCCGGUCUCAUUGCGUUUGUCGUCCUCUUUGGCUUCACCUCGGGCGGGUUCGUGUCGCUGGGCCCCUCGCUGGUCGCCCAGAUCUCGGAUAUCAGGGUCAUUGGCACGCGCGUGGGCGCCGCGCUGGCCGUGCAGAGCUUUGGCGGGCUGAUUGGGAGUCCCGUUGGCGGCGCCAUUGUUUUGGCGCAAAAGGGACAGUAUCUCGGUCUGCAGCUGUUCUGCGGCUGCGCGCUGCUGGCUGGGGCCUUGCUCAUCCUGGGGGCGCGAUAUACGCUGGCGGGGAUGAAGUUGAAAAAGGUGUAG